GUUUCUUGGAUUUCUCGUAGUUUUAAUGAUUCUGCUCAUUCUCUAGCUAGGUGGGGUUUGUCCCAUAAUUGUAAUGGUACUCUUCGUUUCUGGGAGGUGAGUCCCCAUGUGCUCACCAAACUGCUUUUUUCGGCUUAAUGAAGUUGUUUUUCUCAGCAAAAAAUUUAUAAAAAUUAAAAAUAGUUAAGGGUGAAAGAAUAACAAAAAAACAAAACAGAUUUGAAAAGAGUGAGUUAUGCCUGUAAGAGCUUCACAGCUUCGAAGAGAGGAAAAAAACCAUGGAGAUUGGUCAGAUUGUAUGGGUGAAGGUACAAGAUGAUGAAUCUUCUGGAACGUGUUGGUGGCCUGGGCUUAUUCAAACAAGGGAAGAACUUACCCAUGGUUGCUUACUCUUCUUGGUCUCCUUCUUCGACCACCAACACCCUCGCCGUUUCCAACUCUCUCAAAUCCGUUCUUUCAGUGAAAACUUCCUCCAACUGUACUCCACCGAGGAUAUCGACCGCUGCAGCGGCGCCAAUGCCAUGCUCGAUUCCGCGUUGCGAUUGCUCUGCCGGAGGAUCGCUCUUAGCCUCAGAUGUCGCUGCCGGUCGGAAAUAUCUGGUAGUUGGCUCGGAGACUCAGAAACAGUUGUUGGCACAGAUGCCUUUGAGGCGAAGAGCUCGUUUCGGCCCAAGGUGCUGCUGGAUUUCGUGCAGAACAAGGCUGUUUUGCCUUAUGUUGAAGUUGAGGGUUUCAUCGGCGCAGUUAGAGGAAUUGCACAAAUGCAGGUUCUUCGAGAUUUCAUUGCGAUUCAACAGAGGGAGGCUUACCGGGAAGCAAGGCGGGGCAGCCGCUGCCUUGAGAGAGGUGCUCACUUAGACAAACAGUAUUAUGCAUGUUCAGGUUUGGUUGCAGAUGAAGUGUGUAAUUUAGAACCGAAUUUUGAAGGUCAUUUGUCUCCUAUUCCUGUGAACAUGAACGUGGAAUCCGAUAUGGAAAAAAGAAUGAGCCCAACUCAUAAACCCAUUAAUGGAGGUGUACUGGAGAAUAAUCUGACUCAAUUUAAGCAAGGAGAGGAUCAACAAUCAGUUCCUGAGAUGCUGGUAAAUUUGCAAUGUCUUGCGUUGGAUUCAUUUUGUUUAGAGGUAAAUUGCUUCAAUAUCACCAAGCAAAAUGUUUUGAGGUUUAGAAAUUUUCUUUCGCAGAAACUUUCUGGUUUAUAUAUGAAAGACAAAACGUGCCCUUUUAUGAAAAACAGAGAAGCCUGCUUUUCACACCUUGGUUAUUUUAAGACUCAGCAAAGUGUUGAUGGUGGUGGAAAUAAAUGUGAUACUACAGUCAGUUGCUCCAUUGUGCCUUACAUGGAAAGGCCCCGAACACAACUUGGCUGUAAGAGAUCUCUUGACUUAAACUUUGUUUCCGAUUCUCCUCUGCGCAAAUUAAGGUUUAAAGGACAGCUUGACCAAAGUGUCGUAUGUGAUUCUUUCAAGUUUAGUGAGAGAAUAAACAGAAUUGAUACUGAGGUAGCUUUAUUUAAUAGCUUUUUUAGAGGCCUUUCUUUCUUUGAUCCUUCUUCUAAGUUGUGUCCUACUGUACCUUUCUUUUCAUACAAUCACAUUGAUCCUUAUGCUGAAAGAAGUCAUAAUGGUUGGAAGGAAAAUUCAAGUCAUAAUAUCUUAUCAGGUUCUCCAGAUAAGUUAGAAAUUCAAAGCUCAAGGACCCAUAUUGCAACCUAUACAUGUAAUAGCAGUUUGUUGGAAAAUUUCCACAACGUUUCUGAUUUUUCUCUCUGCAAAGAUUCAGCUUAUCAUGGUAGAAAUAUUGUUGAUAUUCUCAAGGAUGAGGAACUUAAAGUGAAGGAUACAUACACGUCUUCUGUCAAGUUGGAAGAGCCUGAUGUAAAUGUUGGCGUUCUGAAAGAGCCUAAUAGAACUCUCAUCACUUGCCAUGAUAGUGCAAGGGGUAGGAUUGGAACUGUAUUUCAGAGUGAAGAUAUGAAGGUUGAUACUGGCUUUACUACACUCUCAUCUUCUGCUGCUGACUUAAAUUUUAGCGAGAUAGUUUCUACUCGUGCUACUGAUGUUGAGAACGGUGAAAACGAUUUAGGAACACAGUUAAAGCCAUCAGAGCUCCACCUAAAUCAUGAUAAAAUUCAAAUGAAACCUUGCGACAACAAGGGUGUUGUUACAUAUUAUAAAAACACCAAAAAUGUGAGCUCAACUGAAGCUUCAAAAGUUGGACUUCAUGAUUCUGAAAUGCUUCACGAGCCUCUGCAGUCAAAUGCACUCGCCAGAUUCGCUAGCUCAAAAUCUCUGUUCUUGAAGUUCUACGUAGAUUCUAAUCUGCCAUCAAAGCAGGAACUGGUAAAGAAAUAUUCUCCGUUUGGCUCAGUUGAUUAUGUAAACACCAAAAUCUUCUGUUCAGCAGGGUCUGCCAAAGUGGCUUUCCUUAACCAAUCUGAUGCUGUUGUGGCUUACCAACAUUCUAAGAUGAAGAAGCUUUUCCCUGGUCAACUAUACGUUCGGUAUUGGGUUGAUUCAUUUAUAAACACAAGAGGAAAAACGAAAUUGUUGACUAGGAAACAACUAGAACCUAAACUAAAAUCAUGUCUUCGAAACUCCAAAUCUCAUGGGAAUGAAGACAAAAAACGUAGGAAGGUGAGGUUUCUAAUGGAAACAUAGGCCUUGGUAAUCGAAUUCUGCUGACAUGAAAUUGGCAAAACUUUUUCCUUUUUUGACCAGGAUAGUGAUGUUUAGAAUGUGAUUCUAUAUCUAGCUUUGGGUUAAGUUUAGAUGUCUCUUGACCAAAUUUGGCCAAUUUUGUGGAUAUGACAUGCAUUAGGUAUAGUUCAAUUUAUCUCAAAAAAACUAUCUUCUGGUAAUGUUUGUUACUGAUCAAAAGUGCCAACUGGCUUGUUCAUAGUUCAUUAACUAUAGUUGCACUUGUAUGAGACAAGCAAGUGUUUAUUGUACAUAUUCAACUAGUUCAUGGUCACUCUUUGUAAAUCAUAUUAGAAUUGACACAACAUUAUUAGGCAUGAGCAGAGGGCACUGACAUAAAAAUUAAAUUUAGCAAACAAAGAGAAUAGCAAUAUUUACAUAUUUUAAUUUUUUAUGCAAAGAAUAAAGUUACAAUAUAUUGUAUUUUUUUCAUCAUUAUUAUUCAUGAGUUAAAACAAGAACAGUAGAACACUGUCAUUGUUACCUAUACUUUUAUACACAUUUAAUCCCUGUCUUAAUUAGAUUAAAAUUCCAAAAAUAACUUACAAUAAAACCUCUAAAAAAAACUAAUUAAUAGUACCUUACCAAAUUAUAUCCUAAUUCUCACAUUAAAAUAAAUAAAUGAUAAUUCUAUCACUACUUCUUGUUAUUCGCCUUGCCAACUAUUCUUGCAAGAUUAUGAUGGUUGCACUUUAUUACUUCCUUAAAUCGUAUUCAUAAUUCAUUUUUGUAGGGGGAAACACCAAAAAAAUAUAUAUUUUGUAAUAAAUAAAUUAUUAAAUAUUAGGCAAUAUAUAAUGAACAUAAUUAUAUAUUAGCGUUUUUGUUUUAAUUUUUUUUAUUUUUAUACUUCAAAGCAAUUUUCAUUUUUAUGAAAAAUUUACAUAACAACCAACAAAAUAAUUUAAAUUGCAAUUAAAAUUUACAUAGCAAUCCACAUUAAAACUAUUAAAGCAACUCAGUAAAUUUAAAAAAAAAAAUUAAAAAAUACUUAUAUAUUUUGCAAAGGGAUGUAUAAGUUUCGAUUUUAAUGUUAUUUUAUAAAUAUAAAAAAGCAUUAACUAAACGAAAGGGUCUAAAUAUAAAAAUAUUAUCAAAUAAGGUUGGAAAGUCAAUUCAAAAGGUUGUGGUGGGCUUUUUAGAGAAGUUCCGAAAUUGUAUUAUUUUCUAAAACUACCCAAAACCCAACUGACCAAUUGGCAAGGAAGGGUACAUUCUGUGACCUUUCCAACACUAACAAUGGAGAAAACAGAAUGCAAAUAAGGGCAAAGAGGAAGAAGGUUGAAGACGCCUCAGUACUGUGGCUCAGAACCCCAAUUUCUCAUUUCUCAGCCGACCACCUAAACCAACUGGUUUCUCACGAACUAGAAGUAGUACUGAUGAUUGGGAAAAAUUUAGCUGAAGCUUUGCUCCUUGGAGGGAGAAGAAAUCUUGUGUUUGAAAUUCCAUGACACCUUAGAUUGGGCGAGAGUUUUGUUUGCUGCCCAACUGGGACAUAUUCUUCUCAUUGAAUCUCUUGUAUGGCUAAGCCGUUUCACGUAGGGACGGAUCAGUAUGAUCUGCAUGCACAGAGAAGGGAUACGAAGCACAAAGGAAGGAAUGUUGUGUGGUCAAUUGCAAUGGACAAGUGUCUAAUUGAAUCUCUUGCCGUUCAAGCAAAAAAUGGAAACAAAAUCGAUAAAUGCUUUAAUGAAAAUGCUUAUACUGCUGCGUGUAUUGCUGUGAAUUCUCGUUUCAACUUAAACUUAAAUAACCAAAAAGUUGUUAAUCGUCUCAAGACAAUAAAGAAGAGGUAUAAGAUUAUGAAGGAUAUGCUAAGUCAUGAUGGGUUUAGGUGGAACCCAAAUACAAAGAUGAUCGAGUGUGAGCAUGAAGAGCUUUGGAAGAGAUACAUAGCUGUGAGUAAAUAUUUUUCUUCUUAGCUUUUGCUUUGACCUUUGGUGCAUUUAUUUUGUUUAUUCUAAAUUAUUUGUUCAUUAGGCACAUCCUGAUGCCAGACAAUUUCGAGGAAAGCAGAUAGAGAUGUAUGAUGAACUAAAAAUUGUCUGUGGAAAUUAUCAAGCUCCUAGUCGCUGGGCUAAGUUAAAAGAUGGGAGCUUUCAGCCCGAGAUAAAGAAUUUCGAGGAUGACUCUGCUUCGUUUGUUUCUGCAAGUUCUGAAGAUGUAAGCGAGACAGAUGGAACAGAGUCACAUACUGGACCACCUGAGUAUGCCCAGAUGCCAGAUGGUAGUCAAGAACCUCCUUUGAUCCACCCUCUAAGGCAGCUUCCAAAACGGCCUCGAAGUUCGGAGGCCCUUCAAGACGCAAUGUUGGCAGUGGCAUCAAGCAUUCGACGCUUGGCUGAUGCAAUGGAACGAAGCAAUUAUUCUAUUGACUCAUCUGAGUUAUUGCAGGCUGUGAUGGAGAUCGAUGGCUUGGAAGAGGCCAAACAGAUGUAUGCAUUCGAGUAUUUGAAUGCCGAUCCUAUUAAAGCGAGAGCUUUCUUGACUUACAACAAUGUCCGAAUGAGGAAGAUAUAUUUGUUUCGACAGUUCUGGUGGUGGAAGUGAAGUGAAGUGAACUGUCUCAGACCCAAUUUUGGGAUUCUUUUGGUAUAUAGAUUUUGAUGUUAUAGAACACGUAAUUUUGUGGGGGUGUUCUUUCUUACGCAUUAUUCAAAUCAUCUUUGGUAUCAUAUUCUAGAGGUGUAUGUACAGGUAUCAUGGUGGAUGAAUAUAAAUGCUGUCAUCAACAACUGUAGACACAUUAUUUACCAACUCAAUAGCAGCAUCAUCUUCUGAGUUUAA